AUGGCAAAGAAUCCUCCAGAGAACUGUGAGGACUGUCACAUUCUAAAUGCAGAAGCUUUGAAAUCCAAGAAGAUAUGUAAAUCACUGAAGAUUUGUGGACUGGUGUUUGGGGUCCUGGCCUUAACUCUAAUUGUCCUGUUUUGGGGGAGCAAACAUUUCUGGCCGGAGGUAUCCAAGAAAACCUAUGAUAUGGAGCACACUUUCUACAGCAAUGGUGAGAAGAAGAAGAUUUACAUGGAAAUUGAUCCCCUGACCAGAACGGAAAUAUUCAGAAGUGGAAAUGGCACUGAUGAAACAUUGGAAGUCCAUGACUUUAAAAACGGAUACACUGGCAUCUACUUCGUAGGUCUUCAAAAGUGCUUUAUUAAAACUCAAAUCAAAGUGAUUCCUGAAUUUUCUGAACCAGAAGAAGAAAUAGAUGAGAAUGAAGAAAUCACUACAACUUUCUUUGAACAGUCAGUGAUUUGGGUUCCUGCAGAAAAGCCUAUUGAAAACCGAGAUUUUCUGAAAAAUUCUAAAAUUCUGGAGAUUUGUGAUAAUGUGACCAUGUACUGGAUCAAUCCCACUCUAAUAGCAGUUUCUGAAUUGCAAGACUUUGAGGAAGAUGGUGAAGAUCUUCAUUUCCCCACCAAUGAGAAAAAGGGGAUUGAACAGAAUGAGCAAUGGGUGGUUCCGCAAGUAAAGGUGGAGAAGACCCGUCACACCAGGCAAGCAAGUGAGGAAGAUCUUCCAGUAAAUGACUAUACUGAAAAUGGAAUCGAAUUUGACCCCAUGCUGGAUGAGAGAGGUUAUUGUUGUAUCUACUGUCGUCGAGGCAACCGUUACUGUCGCCGAGUCUGUGAACCUUUACUAGGUUACUACCCAUAUCCAUACUGCUACCAGGGAGGACGAGUCAUCUGUCGCGUCAUCAUGCCUUGCAACUGGUGGGUGGCCCGCAUGCUUGGGAGAGUCUAAU